AUGAACUCGCUGCGAAGUGUUUGCUCUGCGCCGGGCGCUGUGCGGGACACGGAGCCUCUCCUCGCUGGUCUAAACCUGCUCACAGCCCCCAAGUUCGGUGGCAUCAUUUCCACACUGCAGAGGAGGAAGCGGAGGCUGGGACAGGUUCUGUGGCUUGUCCAAGGUCAGCAGCUGGCUGGUGAUAGGUAUCAGGGCCAGGUGGAGGUCCUGUACUGAGGCUCCUGGCACACCAUGUGUGACGACAGCUGGGACAUCAGUGACAUCAACGUGGUCUGCAGGCAGCUGGGCUGUGGUUGGGCCACGUCAGCCCCAGGAAGUGCCUGAUAUGGUCAGGGCUCAGGGCCGAUAGUCCUGGAUGACCUGGGCUGCUCAGGGCAUGAGACCUCCUUGUGGAGCUGCCCCCAUAGGGGCUGUAACAGCCACAACUGUGGGCACUAUGAGGAUGCUGGUGUCAUCUGCUCAGGCGUGCUUCCAAGGCUUUGGACCUCCAUGUUAGUGUGUGCAAAUUAUUCCUGCGGGGGCUUCCUGUCCCAGUCCUCAGGGAACUUCCACAGCCAGUUCUACCCUGAGAACUAUCCGAACAACGCCAGGUGUGUGUGGGACAUUGAAGUUGAAAACAAUUACCGCGUGACCCUGGUCUUCACAGAUGUCCAGCUUGAAGGCGGCUGUAACUACGAUUACAUUGAAGUGUUUGACGGCCCCUACCACAGCUCCCCGCUCCUCGCCCGGGUCUGUGACAGUGCAAGGGGCUCCUUCACCUCCUCGUCCAACUUCAUGUCCAUCCGCUUCAUCAGCGAUGGCAGCAUCACGAGGAGAGGGUUCCAGGCUGAAUACUACUCCAGUGCUUUCCCUGAGAACACAAAGCUGCUUUGCCUGCCAAAUCACAUGCGAGCCAGUGUGAGAAUUGACUACCUCCAAUCCUUGGGCUACACUGCCCACGACCUUGUCAUUCCCAACUGGAACAGGAACCGCCAGUGUCAGUCCCAGAUAACAAGCAGCCAGGUGACCUUCACGAUUCCCUACUCCGGCUGCGGCACCGUCGAGCAGGUGGACAACGACACCAUCACCUAUUCCAACUUCCUCAGAGCGGCUGUUUCAAGUGGCGUCAUCAAGAGGAAGAAGGACCUCCACAUCCGUGUCAGCUGCAAGAUGCUGCAGAACACCUGGGUGAACACAGUGUACAUUGCUAAUGACACCAUCAAGGUCAAGAACGUGCAGUAUGGGAAUUUUGACUUGAACGUGUCCUUUUUUACGUCCCCUUCAUUCUUAUAUCCUGUGACCAGCAGCCCAUACUAUGUGGACUUGAACCAGAAUUUGUACAUUCAGGCUGAAAUCCUCCAUUCCAGCACCUCCUUGGCCUUAUUUGUGGACACCUGUGUGGCGUCACCACAUCCCGGUGACUUUACAUCUUUGACUUAUGAUCUAAUCCGGAGCGGGUGUGUGAAGGACGAAACCUACCAGUCGUACCAUCCGCCAUCGCCCCACAUGGUCCGCUUCAAAUUCAGUUCCUUCCACUUCCUGAACCGCUUCCCCUCCGUGUACCUGCAGUGUAAGAUGGUCGUGUGCAGGGCAUAUGACUACUCUUCCCGCUGCCACAGAGGUUGCGUGGUGAGGUCCAAGAGGGACGUGGGCUCUUACCAGGAGAAGGUGGACGUUGUCCUAGGACCCAUCCAACUGGAGGAUGCCCCACAGGCUGAGAAGAAGAUCCUGGACCUGCCUGUAUCCCCCCUGGAGGAGUAGGCCACCGCCCAGGGGAGCGACCACUGUGCCGCCAUCUCCAUUGGGACCUUCGUGGUCGUGGUCCUGGCCGUGGCAGCCUUCAUACUGGGGAGAAGCACCCGUGCCUCUGGUGUCCAGCUUCUGAGCGCUGAGAUGUGAAGCAGGAGAACACAGAGCAGACAGAGGCCCCCGGGCUCUGCAGCCCAAGUGAGGAAGGAGGAAAUCAGGGCACCCAGAGCACUGAGCGCUCUUUACUCUGGCCCAGGGGCACGGCGGGGGGCAGGUGGAGGUGUGGGUGAGAAUGAUGGGAGAGGGUUUUCCCAGAAACAGACGUGGUGGUGGGAUAAAAUGUCAGGCCAGCAGGUGCCGGAACCUCAAACCCUGCCUGCAGCUGUGAGCCCCUCACUAGUGGCAGCAGACCUUUCUCUGGAUAGAAUUUCUUUCCUGAGCUUUAAUGAGCCAGAUUCUUAGACCUAUAGUGGAAUC